GUUAGAUUUCCCAUUAGAGAAAGCUAACUAAUAAUGUCACAACUAUAUACUGAUUUUCUCUCAUAUGUUGAAACCUCUUCUUUGUAUGUCUAAGAAAGAUGAAGAAGGUUAUGAACCGGCGGUACGUCCUUUGCUUCUUCUUGCCUUUCUUGCAUUUCCAAGUUGACUGUUCAUUAUCUUUAUCUUCUUUUGCUCCAAAUUUAGCAAAAGUUUGCCCACCAGAAGAGAGUUUUGCACUGCUCCAGUUCAAGAACGCUUUAUCCAUUGGCAGUCCUGCACUUUCCUCCUCGUCUUGUUAUGGAGAUGCUUACCCAAAGACAAAUGCCUGGAACAAUGCUACAGAUUGCUGCUCAUGGGAUGGCAUCACCUGCGAUAGGUGGACAGGUCAUGUAAUCGGCCUCGACCUUAGUUGCAGUCAGCUUUAUGGUACCUUCCCUUCCAACAGCAGCCUUUUCCUCCUCUCUCACCUCCAGAAGCUCAACCUUGCUAACAACAAUUUCUAUGACUCUCCAAUCCCGUCGGAGUUUGGCUUGUUUGCGAAAUUGACACAUCUUAACCUCUCUAAAUCUGAAUUUUCUGGCAAUAUUCCCUUUGAUAUCUGUCGUCUUUCCAAAUUGGUUUCCCUUGAUCUCUCUGGAAAUGUACUUCAAUUUGACAGUUUUCAAAAGCUUUCCAACCUCACUGAAUUGAGAGUUUUAGAUUUAACAGGGGUGAAUAUGUCUGUAGUUGCACCUAAUUCCAUGUUGAACCUUUCUUCUUCCUUGACAUCUCUUCAACUUCGGAAUUGUUUCAUGCAAGUGCAAUUGCCUCAUGAUUUUUCCUGCUUUCCAUCCCUGAUGAUGCUUGAUUUAUCAGCAAACAAGAAAGUCACAGGUAAGUUCCCAAACUCCAAUUCCACCCAUCCACUAAGGUUUAUUAAUCUCAAACUUGUCAAUUUCUCAGGAGAACUACCUGAUUCCCUGGGCAAUUUUAAGUUCUUAGAGUAUUUAGAUCUCUCAUACAACAAUCUCUUUGGUUCACUUCCAGCAUCUCUUGGCAACCUUCAGCACCUCAAAUUCUUAGAUUUCGGUUUUAACAAUUUUGCAGCUGAGAUUCCAGAUAGUUUUGGUAACCUUAGCAGCUUAGAGUUUUCAGAUCUUGGAUUCAAUCAUUUCAGUGGUCAGUUGCCAUUGUCAUUUGGCAAGCUCAACAAAUUAACUUCUCUGUACCUUAUGUCCAAUAAUUUCAGUGGUCGCUUGCCCUUCUCCCUUGGCAACCUUAGUAUGUUAGCUAAUGUAAAUAUUGGCAUGAAUAAUAUCGGUGGUCCUUUGCCAUUUUCAAUAUUUAACCUUACAAAACUUAAAACUUUGGACCUUUCAUUCAAUCAAUUUGCUGGUUCCUUACCUUUCAGAGUGUCUGGCCUUGCAGAUCUGUAUGAUCUGGACAUAUCUAAUAACAUGCUCAGUGGCAAAAUACCCUCUUGGUUUUUUACCCUUCCAUCUUUGUUUGAUUUAGACGUUAGCAAUAACAAACUCACUGGUCCCUUGGAACAGUUCCAACAGCCUAAUUCACUGCAGUAUGUUCUGCUGCAGAAUAAUGAGAUACAUGGGCAAAUUCAGAGUUCUAUUUUUCAACUUCGAAACCUUACCAAGCUUGAUCUUUCUUCCAACAAUUUGAGUGGCAUUGUUGAUUGGAACAUGUUUCGACAUCUUGAAAAUCUUCGGGAACUUGAUCUUUCACAUAAUAGAAAACUAUCAUUCAUAAGUAGUGGCAUUGCCAACUUUACCUUACCCAAACUUAUGGAUUUGAAUCUUUCUUCAUGUGACUUGCGUGAAUUCCCAAGUUUCCUAAGAACACUUGAGAAUUUGCAAACUUUAGAUCUUUCGAACAAUAGAAUUUACGGACAAAUUUCCAAACAAGAAUCUGAAUCUGAAGGAUGGCAAAGUUUGCUUUUUCUUGAUCUCUCUUACAAUUUCCUCACAAAUGUAGAGCAGCAUCCAUGGAAUAAUAUUCGCACCCUCAACUUACGUUUCAAUUUGCUCCAAGGACCAUUUCCAACACCACCACCCUCCAUUGAGGUUUUAAUUGUUUCAAACAACAAGUUGAGUGGGGAGAUUCCUUCACUGUUUUGCAAUCUGAGUUCUCUUGCAUUUCUUGAUUUGUCUGACAAUAGCUUGGGUGGAGUGAUUCCACAAUGUCUUGGAAACUCUAGCAAUUUUCUCUUAGUUUUGGAUCUACGCAAUAACAACCUUCAUGGUAGCAUCCCAGGAAAUUUUGCAAAGGAGAAUAGAUUGAAGUAUCUUAACCUUAACGGUAACCAAUUGAAAGAGCCUUUACCACCAUCUCUAGUUAAUUGCACAGAGUUGGAAGUCCUAGAUGUAGGGAACAACAAAAUAAAUGACACCUUCCCUCACUGGUUAGAGGCACUUCAAGAGUUGCGUGUACUUAUCUUAAGGCGUAAUAGCUUCCAUGGUACCAUAGGGCAAUCCACCAAGACUAAUUUUCCUUUCCCUAAUUUACAAAUUCUUGAUCUCUCCCACAAUGAGUUCACAGGACCCUUACCAACAAAAUAUCUGCAAAAUCUGAAAUCUUUGGUGAAUGUGGAUAAAGCUGAAGCAAAAUAUGUUGGAGAGAGUUACUAUUACAUUCAAGAUUCUUUGGUUGUUGAUUUGACAAUGAAAGGAUUGGAGAUUGAAAUGGGGAAAAUCCUGACCAUCUUCACAACUAUUGAUUUUUCAAACAAUCAAUUUGAAGGAGAAAUUCUGCAAGAUGUUGGCAUGUUAAAGUACCUUGUGGUGCUCAACUUUUCUCACAAUGAUCUGAUUGGUUAUAUUCCAUCUUCAUUUGGAAAUUUGACAGCGAUUGAAUCGUUAGACCUCUCCUCUAACGGGCUUGUUGGAGAAAUUCCUCAGCAACUAACAGUUUUGACAUUUCUUGCUGUGUUUAAUGUUUCGUACAACCAGCUCAAGGGACCCAUCCCUCAAGGCAACCAGUUUGGUACAUUUUCAAAUGAUUCCUAUGUAGGAAACUUGGGAUUGUGUGGAUUUCCAUUAUCACAGAAAUGCAACAAUGGUGAGCCACCCCAAUUUCCUCCACAAGGACUUGACGAAGAACAAGAUUCUACAAGCUGGUUUGAUUGGAAAAUUGCAUUGAUGGGCUAUGGAUGUGGGGUGGUUUUUGGUUUGUCCAUCGGGUACAUUGUUUUUGCAACAAGGAAGCCACAAUGGUUUUUAAGGCUGAUUGAAGGAAAAAGACACAAGAGAUUGAGAAGACAAGAUCAAAGACGCAGACGAAGAACAAAUCAUUAAAUGCAGGUUCAAGUGGAAGGUGUGGCUUUAUGUUCAAGGAAGAUCCAGCCUAACGCCUCUUCAAACAAGAAUCUUUCCAAGUAGCCUUUGCUGUGUGUGUUUAACCUUUUGCUUUUCUUGUUUUUGGUCCUUAAGUGCUUAGUUAAAAGCCUAUUUAUCUCCUUUGGAGUUUCGUUACAUCAUGGAAUUUUAUUUAUUUAUUUUUAUGAAUUUUGCAUUGCUACAAUCUAUAAUUUAUAAUUUAUUUUAACUCUGUUAUUAAGGUUACAUAGGAUUGAGAUGUUGUUGAGCUCUGCAAUCAUUACUCUUUGAA